AUGGAUUUAUUAUACCAAGUUAAAGCGGUCAUUAUAAUGGAUACCAAUGGGAAAAGAAUAUGUAGCACAUUCUAUGAUCAAGAUAGUGAAGAGUUAAAGAAUGAAAAGUCAAGAAGAGACUUUGAGUUAAAGUUACAUCAAAAGUCCAAAGGAACAAAUUCAGUUGGUUGCAAGACUGGUGACGUUGUGGUAUUUGUGGUUGGUAAGAAUAAUGAUAGUCUCAAUGAAUUGGCAUUGGCCGAUGUUUUACAGGCACUUCUCAAUUGCAUGAGAAGAGUUUGUCAAACAGAGGAAUCAAACUAUAUUUCAAAGAAGGGUUUACUAUCAAAUUAUUCUACUUUGGUUAUGUACAUUGAUGAAGUUAUUAGUGAUGGAAUUAUAUUUGAGGUGGAUGAAGAGAUUAUAGCUGGUAGAACACCUGUCAGUGAUCAAAGUUUAACAGAUUUAAAUAAUGCCAUUGAAACUGCAAAAGAAAAGUUUGCAUUGUUUACAGGUGAACAUUCCAAAUGUCCAUGUAAUCUAAUAAUAUAA